UUACACCACAGCAAGAAAGUUGUUAUUUAUAGAACUUUUCGUAAGAAUUGCGCGCUGAAAAAGGUUCAAGUUCGACAGAGAACGAAGUUGAUCAAGAACUUCCCGAAGAAAGAGUUCCCUCACCAUGCAGAGCUAAAUCAAACAGACGACGAAAAGAUGCGAAGAAAGAUAAGGAUUUGGAGAGACUCUUAACAGAGUUGCUUUACGACUCUGGAUAUUCUCAUGAGAGUAAUUCAAGCAAUCAUAGUUUCCACUUCGAACAAGAAGACGACAGUGACUGCGAUGAUGAGUUGUUCGCGCAAAUGGACAACCUCGAGGAAUAUCCUUCAGAGUUGGAUUUCUCUGACUGGAAGAACGGGAAAAUCUGUCGUAGAAGAGGAAAUCUGCCACAACGAAAAGUCUUGCAUUCAAGACAUUAUUCAAGAAAGAACUCUAACUUAGCUACUUCAGAUAAAGUAAACUACACCAAGAGUGAAAGUAAGGAGAGCUUGAUUUGCUAUUGGAACAAGAAACUGAAGGGCUCGGAGGUGCACCUGCUAAAACGAGAUCUCAGAAAGGCUGCAAAGAAGGUUACAGAACUAGAAUUAAAAAAGAACAACGUAGAGAAACGAUUAAUUGUUAAAAGGACUCCCAGAAGAGGGACUGUUCGGCCCAAUGCACUGAUACCUAUACAGCCCAGAGGGCCUACCAGAGCAAGAAGAAAUAUUUAUGAUCACAAUCAAUUUGUUUUGAGAAACGAUAAUGCUGAUAAGCUCGGAAGUGAACAUUUUGUGUUGACUCUCAUUUCUCUUCAAGAUAGAGAAAUCACCCCAGAAGAUUUUGACCUUCUUCUACAACUGGACUCAUUUGUGGAAGUCAAGACUGUACCAAAAGCUGUAAUAGACCGAAUGAAAACUGAAAAAGUGGAAAAUGAAAUGGAAAAUCCAUGUAUGAUUUGCAUGGAGGAGUAUGAAAUGGGAGAAACUCUUAAGUAUUUGAAAUGUGGACAUUUUUUUCAUAGUUCUUGUAUUAGGACUUGGCUCACUGUAAAUUCUGAUAAAUGUCCCUUGGAUGGUCAAGAAGUUAGAUAAUAAAAUUUAUCUGCAAAGAUAUUUUGAAUAUUUGUAAAAGUUAUAAUUUUUGAUAGGUUUAAUAAAAUAUAGUUAUUAAUUUUUAAA